GUGCCGUAACCGGACAGGAUCUGCAUGUUUGUUGUCAUUACUUUCAGUGACUAAAAGGCCUUUGAGGUCGUUCGUUUAAACGGCACCCGGAAGUCUGGGAUGUGGCUUGAGGGUGGUGGGUAUUGUUCCUGUUUUCCCCCAUAGUUGACACUGCGCCAAAGUAUUAUUAUGUAUGAUGAGGUGCAUGAUGCCGUGCGAAGCGGUGGGUGGACAUUUAAAUAAGGUUUCCAGGAACUCCUUGCUUUUUGUGACAGGUUUGAUGGCUCCUUGAUACUUCUGACUCCUUAACGUUUUUGCUUCCGUGGCACAGUACUAAAAUAUACAUACAUGUCAACGUCAACAUUUCGAGAUCUGAAUCAAAGGAAUUGCUAGUCACGCAUCAUGGGUCGCCUUUUGGAACGUUCAAUCUCUCCCAGCUCCCGGGCUAGGAAAUACAUAGGACUGCGCCCACGGCAAUCGCUGGCAUUCCGAGUCUGCGUCACUCUUUUCAUCGUUGGACUUUUCUAUCAACAACAUCUCUUCCACGCAUGUCGAGAUUCGCUCGCCGCCAAAUACGCAGCGACCGACUUCAACGAAUCAGACCAGGAUUUCCGAAUCCCCUCAUCGCAAGAGCUAGAACUACAAGAAACCCUCCUCGCGAACCGUGACCAGUGGCGUACCCUGGGCGCAGGCUACGAAGGCAAAACAUUCAUCUUCAACAACUCAGUCAUCAAGACCUUCACGCCAGGACGGAGUCCCUUCAGGAACUGCGCGCCUGGCCUCCGCAGCGAGAAAUGGCCCACCGAGAUCCCCGCCUCUCUCAUCUUCGGCGGCACAAACGCACACCCUAACGCAACCUCCUCCUUCCUCCCAGUACAAGCGUACUUCAAAGCCGCAUCCACAGACCCCUCCAUACCAGAAUGGCACCUCGUAACCCCCCUCCUCCCCUCCGGCAACAUCCUCAACCUAGCCAAACGCCUCAAAACCACCAACAUCAACAACCAAGCCGAAAACGAAAAGAUCGCAACAUACCGCACAAUCGACUCCACCUACCGCCCGACCCUGCACUCCCUCCUCGCCUCCCUCUCCACCCUCCACGCAGCAGGCUACUGCCACGACGACGUCAAGCCCUCCAACAUCUUCGUGUCCCCCGCCGCCCCGACGUCCUGGGUGGUAGGCGACCUGGGCAACCUCCGCCACGUGGAGCACGGCUACCACGCGACGCAUCUGUGGCGCGCGAACGGGCAGAUGGCGGAUUGCAGGAUGAACGACUUGUUUAGGGGUGUGGUGACGUAUCUGCGGUUUGUGAGGGCGAGUGCGGCGGAUGGGGGCGCGGCGUUCGAUGAGGCGUUUUGGGGGAGGAGGGAGGAGGGGGUUGGGGGGUUGUAUUGGGGUGCUGUGGGCAUGAGGGAGAGGGGGAAGGUGGGGGUUAAGUCGUUGGUUAGUUUGUCGGAGAGGAUGGUUGGAAGUGCUGGUGAGCAGGAGGGCGAGGGCUUGGAGAGUGGAAUGAUGUCGCCGAGGAGGAGAAUGUUGAAGGGGAGGGUGGAGAGGGCGCUGGAUUUGAAUAAUGGGGAUGGGAGGGCGAAGUGGGCGGGUAUGACGGCGGUGUUUGGUGUAAAGGUCGAGAAGUGUGGGGUUUGAUUUGGGAUCAAGGCUGAGGUGGUGGUUUCUUUUACGAUUUAUGAUAUACC